UUAUGACUUUAACAAGUUCAGCAGCACAAUAUGGAAUUCUUGUUUCGAUUGCUUCAAAAAAUCGUGUAGUUCCAUAUGAUUUGUUAAUGACUUCGCUUGGAAUUGGAAAUGAGAGAGGACUUGAAGAUUUUAUUAUUCAAGCUAUUUAUCAAGGAAUUAUUAAAGGAAAACUUAACGCAGUUAAUCAUUGUUUGGAAGUAAUUGAUUGGAGAGCUUCUUGUGUUGAGAAUCUUGAUAUGGAUUUUAUGACUCAAACAUUGGAGGAAUGGAGUAAGCGUUGUGGGGAUUUUGUGAAUUUGUUGUCUGGACAUGUUGAUGGUGCUAACAAAUUUGUGGCAGAAUUUAAUGCUAACGAGAAACGUAUUACCGAUGAAGUGGAGAACAUUAAACAAUUAUUUACUUGUGCUGAUGAUUCUACUGUUCAACGCAAAUUUUGGAGUGGAGUUGAAGGUCCAAAAUCAGCUCAAAAACCGGAAACUAAGCGUUUCAAAAGUGGCGGACCGAAGCUGAGACGUGGCGGAAAGCCUGAUAAUUAAAAUAAAGGGACAUAACAGCAAUUGAUUUAUUUCAAUUUUUUGUUUUGCUUUUUUUAA